AUGCUCUCCCUCAUAUCAGCGCUCUGCCUGGUACAAACUGCCAGCGCACAAAUCACGACCUCGUUCCCGUACUACAAAACUGCUUGGGGUUCCGACAAAGUCGGCUUCUACGGCUCAGUCAUCAGCGUCAAAGACAGCCACACAGCUAUCCGUCUCGAGUUCGACAAUGGCUACUUUUAUCCCGAUGAUCAGCAGUUUACCAUCGGGCCUAAUAUGUUCGAAACCCGCGUACGCCUUGGUUCCGAAAGCUUUGCGGAUAACGGUACCGACAAGAUGGACGUCGUAGACCACUGCGAUAUACCUGAAUCGCCUGCUGAUGCAGCGCCAAACUGUACAGCAUCUGCAGGUCCCUGGAUCGCGCGUGGGUGGCAGUGCGAUAGUACAGCGACAUCCUCGACUAGUUACUCCACGUACACGAACACAUUUAGUGGACGAUUGAGUUACUCUGCCGGCGUCGAGACUAUUACACGCACAUUUAUCUUCGGGCCAUGGACCAAGGGGUUUCCGACUUGGUGCAGUAUCAGCGAGUUUGUGCCGUCGAGUGGGUUACAGUGGCCUGUGAGUGCCAAAAGAGAAGAUAUUGGCACUUUUCAGCUGGUUAUUACAGCAGGUCAGGAGAAGCUGAGUGCAACUCCAGCAGUGAGCGCAAGUGUUUCGAGCGCGACACCGACGGGUGCUGGAGCAGGUUCUUCUGGUGCUACAGUGCCGAUGAAGACUGUUGCUCCUGUAAUAGCGGGCUUGGGCGCUGCAGUCGCUAUAUUUUUGUAA